ACCCGCCGCAUCCUACACGACUGCUCGCCAUUCAAACCCCCGCUCCUCGGCGUCGUCGCUCGCUGAACACCUGCUGCUUUUUCUUCUGCUCCCAGCAGGUCGAGACUCGAGAGCUCCCGUCCGUCUCGCUCUCGCAUGCUGCCUCCGACGGCGGCUUCCACCACCGCGUCGCCGUUUUCUCCUGCUCCGUGCGGCGUUUUACCCACGUGCCUCGAGGAUGAGCUCUGCUCAACCACUGCUUUCUUCAGCGGUGCUCUGAAACCUGUAUCGGUGAAGGCUCCUGCGUGGAAACUGGAAAGAGGAGCAUGGGUGCGGCGCCUGGAGGCAAGCCGGAGAACAAGGUUGUGCCGGAUGCUGCGGCGUGGGUGUUCAACAUCGUCACCUCAGUCGGCAUCAUCAUGGUUAACAAGGCCCUGAUGGGUACUCACGGGUUUGGCUUUGUUACGACAUUGCCUGGGAUUCACUUUGCAACUACAGCUUUGGUGGCAUUGAUACUAAAAUUGUUAGGAUAUCUUGAGCCAUCCUAUUUACCUCUUCCAGAGCUUAUGAAGUAUGUCCUUUUUGCAAAUAUAUCAGUUGUUGGAAUGAAUGCUAGCUUGAUGUGGAACUCUGUUGGAUUCUAUCAGAUAUCCAAGUUGUCUAUGGUUCCAGUUUUAUGCAUGCUGGAAGUCCUAUUUGAGAAUAUCCGUUACUCGAGGGACACAAAGCUUAGCAUAAUAGUUGUCCUAGUAGGAGUUGCAAUAUGUACUGUCACUGAUGUUAGUGUAAAUACCAAAGGCUUGAUAGCUGCUGCAGUAGCGGUUUGCAGUACUGCAUUUCAGCAACAUUACAUCCAUCACCUUCAGAACAAGUAUUCCCUUAGCGCAUUCAACCUCUUGGGUCAUACUGCUCCAGCCCAAGCAGCAUCAUUGUUACUACUUGGGCCUUUUGUGGACCAUUGGCUGACCAAUAAUAGAGUUGAUACUUACCGUUAUAACAACGUGGUGGCGUUCUUCAUAGCACUGUCGUGCAUGAUUGCCAUUGGAACCAACCUGAGCCAGUUCAUAUGCAUUGGGAGGUUCACAGCCGUCUCAUUUCAAGUUCUGGGCCACAUGAAGACGAUCCUUGUGCUCACCCUGGGGUUCAUCCUCUUCGGAAGAGAAGGCCUGAACGUUCAUGUGGCAUUUGGUAUGAUCCUGGCCAUUGUGGGUAUGAUUUGGUACAAUCAUGCGUCCUCGAGGCCUGGAGGCAAAGAGUGCCAAGAUUACAGGGAGCCGGUCCAGGAAGACAUCGAACAGGUCGAUCAACCACCACAGGUGAAACCUGACGGAAAGAAUUGAGACGAAAGCCUAGAGAUGCCGUACUCGACAUCCAUUUGUCCCUUCUGGGUGUAGCCGCUUACUUGGUAGAGACGCCGGGAGUACUGUACAUUUCUCCCAGUUUCAUUGGUGAGCAAGCGACGGGGAUGCAACGACACCUCGCGGCAGGAAGAUCAAUGAGAUACGCCUGGAGGCAGAUCCCCGUGAUGUGAUGUCCAACAAACAUGAUCUGCAAAUUCUGUGGUGGUUUGUUUCAAAAAAAAAUAAUAAUCUGUGGUGGUGUAUACUGGUACUCUACUAGCCAGUAGGCAGGUAGGGGUAGGAGAAAACGUGCCAAAGAGAAUGGAUCGUUCAGCCACAACUACCAGAAAGAGAUAACACAUCGAGCUCUGGAAUCAACUGGGUUUUUUCUCGAAUAGGAAUCAACUGGUUUGGAGCC